AUGGCUUCUGCUGACAGCAGUCUCCCUUCAACCCCCCGUCUAUCGAAAGGUCAACUCAAGCAACAAGUAUACUCCGAGCUAGGCCUCCCUCUCCACGCAAUGCUCCAGGAGGUGGCCGAGGCCGCGCCCCUCGACCAAGUAUCCAACUCCCCCGGCUCCGUCCGCUGGCACAUCUGCCACCGCGGCCAGAUCCACAAGGAAACCAACACGCUCAAGCACACGCUCCUCUUUCUCAUCUACCAGACUACGCGCCACGGCCCGCAGAACGGGUUUCGCCUUUGUUGUGUGCAUGAGGGGUACUCCGUUGGCGGAGAAGGGGAAGGGGAGGGGGAAGGGGAGGAUGAUAUAGAUAUCUUGGAGAAGCCGAUCCCGCAGGGGCAUAUGGAGUUGGCGAUACUGGGGAGCCCGAGGAAUCCGGAUAGUGAUUCGGAUGCUGGGUCUACGUAUACUAGCUGCUGA